GAUUUUGAUGUUCCAACAAAUCCAAAAAAAACACUGUUUUUAACGUUUAAUUAAAAAAAAAAAGAAGAGAAAUUCUAUCUCUACUAGUACUAUAUUCUCCUCUCAAGCAAAAAUCUGGAGCCUGAACGCUAACAUGCGCUGGGCUCUCUUUUCAACCGUCACCGCCGCCACCACCGCCGAUUUGUCGAUCUAGGGUUUCUAUUGGUGGGUUUCGAAAAUAUUCUAAUCCAAUUUUAUAAGAACAAAGAAAUCUUUUUAGUUCUUGAAAAAUGGGUCUUUUAAGUGCUUUCGCAGCUGGGUUUGUGGUUUCAUUGAUGAUCUUUGAAGGGAUGGCGUCGCCGGAGACUGUUAAUGUGUCGUUUCGUUCAGUUUGCCCCUUGAAAUCCGUUAAAGAUUCGAUUUUUAUGGGGUUUCAAGAUUUGACUUACCCAUUAGAUGGGAUCCAAUCUUCUUAUGUGGCUGAAGUUAUUCAGGGAGAUGAGCUGUCAUUGCAGAGGGCGCUAAAUAUGAUUCACCGGAAUACACAUGAUUAUGUUGCUUUGCUUUUCUAUGCAUCCUGGUGUCCUUUCUCUAGAAGUUUUAGGCCCAAAUUUUCUAUCAUGUCUUCUUUGUUUCCUUCAAUUCCCCAUUUCGCAAUUGAAGAGUCAGCUGUUAAGCCAAGCACUCUCUCAAAGUAUGGAGUUCACGGGUUUCCUACUCUCUUCCUUCUAAACUCAACAAUGCGCAUGCGGUAUCAUGGCUCUCGCUCCCUUGAUUCAGUGAUUGAAUUCUACGGUGGCACUACUGGUUUUCUAAGUGCUUCAGUGGAUACCACUUCUCUUGGCAAAAUGGGAUGCUCCUCAAAUCUUUUGAAACUGCAUGGAAGUGACCAGGAAAAUUGUCCAUUCUCCUGGGCCAGAUCUCCUGAAAACCUUCUUCAGCAGGAAACAUAUUUGGCCUUGGCCACUGCAUUUGUGAUAAUGAAAGUGCUUUAUAUGAUAUUUCCAGCUUUACGUAAGAUUGCUCAAAUUGGCUUGGGAGGUUGCAUUUUGCAUAUAAGAAUAAGAAGCUUGUGGGAGCUUCCUCUACUAUAUCUGAACCAAGCUGUACAAUUAUGUAAUUCACUGAAGGAGCCAUGCAAGAGAAGCAACUUGCAGGAAGGAGCUAUGAACGCCAAGGCAUGGGCUUCUAAGUCUUUAGCGUCUGUUUCAUUUGGAGAGUCUAGCGCUAGCCGUGUGGAACCAGUAAGUUCAACUCACUAAUUGCUUAGAUGGGCAAUAUCGAAAAUCAUAGUGCUCUUUUAUAAUUUUCUUAGCCACCAUAAUUGGUGUUGGUAUUAUCUGAUUGGCGCAGCGCUAUGCAAUAUCAAGCUUUUGAAACUAUCUGCUUCAAUUCGAUGUGAUGUAGAUUAGAAUUUUUUUUCUCACCGUCAGAGAAAUAAUGUACCCAACAUUGUAUAUAGCUUUAACUAAUAGGCAGAGCUUUUCA